AUGAAAAAAUUCUUCUUAAUCGGCGGUUUUCCCGGAAAAUGCAGUAAAAUUUGGUCGGGAAAACUUUCUGUUUUUGUUGCGUGUUGGUUCUGUAAUCGAGUACAAGUACAAGUCGCCAUUUCAAUCUCUCCGCUCCUGUUAUCUAUAGAGUCAAAAAAACGAUUCUCACAAUCUCGCUCUCCGUCUGAUCCUUACGAUUUCUUCGUACAGCCUACCGGACGCAUAUGUAUACAAAACGUUGAUGAUAGCUACGCUAAAGUUCAUCGUUCGAGUUUAGAUCCGAAUCAAAGCAGACAGAUAUAA